CCUUAUUUGGCAAUGAGGGGUUGGCUUUAGCUAACUGGUGUGGAAAAUGGUGGAAAGCAGAAUCAGACAGCGGCUGUAGACGGACGGGAUACAAACAGUUUUAUAUCUGAGUCAAUCAGUGUGGAAGUAGACUUGCAGUUAUGGCUGAUGCUCAACAAAUCAAGAAAACCACAGCCAAAGUCCUGUGCUGUGUGGAGAAGGUGACCUCCUUCGCCUCCUCCAUCGACCCCAUCUUCGGCAUUGUCUCCUCUCUGGUUGGUGUGGCAAGAAAGGGCCUGGCUGAUGAUGAGAGCCACGCCUUGGACAAAGACUUCCAGGCUAUCCACACCAAACUGGAGAGCAUCUCCGAGAAAAACAAUCAAUGCCUGAGACAGAUCCGCAUCGACGAGGUGAACGAAACAUACGGGAAGUAUGAGGAGUACAUCAAGCACCAGUACAAUGCCUUCAACAGCAUGGUGGCCCAGGUGAAGAAAGACCCAGACAAUGCCCAGAGGCACAUGGAGACCUUUGAAAAGAUUUACGAGAGAGACAAAUCGGAUUUGGGCCUGGAUGUGUUCUAUCGUGGUGUGAUGGGUGUAAAAUCUGUGUUUGGAAGAGCUCUGCUGGAUGUGUAUUUAGAUAACUGCCAGGGAGACCACGAAACCAUGGAGCGCCACUGCUCUCAUAUUGCCCACCUCUUCCACAUGGGCCUCAUCGCGCUGAUGGGGUACACUGCCGUCACUGAGGAUGAUGAAGAUGAGGUGCGUGAAAAGUGGGCCAAGAGGGUGUCUGAGAUCCAGAUGAAGAUGGAAGACAUUCUCAAACAGUGUAAAAGCAACUCGACCUGAACCAAGACCAAGAAAGAAAGAAAGGAUGUUCUCUGGGUUUGCUGCCAGAGGACAUCCUGGCAGCAAACCCUGACUGCAGGAAAAAUAAUUAGUUAUGUAAUAUUUAAAAAAAUAUACACUUAUAGAAAAACCAAAGCCAUGUAACGUGCGCAUGGGUGCUGCAGCUGCUUCAGUGUGGUUAGUAUCGACUCACUUUAUGACCAAUAUAACUGUAUGCUGCUUUGUGUCACAUCUCAAUAAAUGCUGAAAUGUUAUACAAUCUGUUCAACUAAAUGAAUAAAUUAUUGUUGAAGUUGUUCCAUAUUUGUUUCCAGGUAACUUUCUCCAGCGUACGAUCUGUAUGUCAAGUACAGGAGACAGAAAGUGUUUUAGCCUGCUUGAGCUGGCUAAAACACUUAAUCUGAAAAGGAUGUGUUGAGAUCACUCCCUAAAACCACUCUACCUUUUUAACAAAGCGCCGAUAGAACUCAAAUGUAUCCAUCCGUAUGUUAUAUAAAAACGUUUCCUCAAAAGUGACUCAUAAUCCAUCUAUUGAACAUGGUUGAGUAAAAACUGGUUUUGGGAGGAACCAAAAUGCAUGAUUCAUCUUGUUGGUGUCAAUUUAUUUUUCCGUCAUUGUUGAACGUGAUAAUGAAAAUGGGGUGGCAUGAUGUUUAACAGUAAUAAAAAUUUGUGUCAUCA